AUGAAAUCUAAUGGAGUUUGUGAUGAAGCUUGUGAUAAUUCAGCUUGCGAUUAUGAUAGAGGAGAAUGUCAAAAAUGCGCUCCUGGGUGUUUAAUGUCUAUGUUAGGAGAUGGAGUUUGUAACUCUGCUUGCAAUUUAAAUGAUUGCCAUUAUGAUAAUUAUGACUGUGGCUGCUCCGAGGGCUGCGGUAUAGAAAGCUAUGGACAAUGCAAAGAUGCAUGCAUGAAUUCUUUUUGUAAAUUAACAUUAAAAUUAUGUUAUUAUUGAAAAGCUCCUCAUAGCACCCGUGAGUAUGCUUUUCCAACUUGAUCAGAUGUUGGCCUCCUGCUGUCACCCUCUAGAUGUAAACUCAUCGUCAUCUGAGGCAUGCGUCGAGCCGCAACUGAAGUAGGCUGAGCCAUCGCUUCAUAUGCCAGACUUAGGCUACCCUCCAAAAAUUCGAAAAACGAAUUUUCUGGUCUAAUUGUCGAUCAAGAUGGAAUGUGCCGUUCAGGACUCAACACGUUAAUCGCGCUUGGCAGUUGCCCGGUUGGUCACGUAGACUUUACUGGGCUUUCCCUUUCCAACACUGGGCCCAUCUUACCAAAGGUAAAAUCUCUUUGGGAAUGAGCUGCGGUCGGCCCUAUCCGAUAUUGCGCUUCACCAAAGCCAAGUAAAACCUGCGGGAUACAAUCACCGAACACCUAUAUUCUUCCAUAAGGUCCAUGAGUCUCCCCAGCUAUAGGUGCUAACUUCCCCCCCUCCGUGAAUGAACAAAAACAUUAGAAAAAUCGCUAUUUUUUGCCCAAAACCCACCCUCCGAGAGUAAACAAAAAAUGUUUUUAUUAGGAAAAAUUUUUUUUAUGAAAAAAAAUUUGAUAUAUAAGUGAUAAUUAGUAUAAUGAAAUCUAGAGCUAAUUCUGUUUAAUUUUAAACAAAUUGCGUUUUUAAAAUAUAAAUUUUUUAAAUUAAAUUAAUAUUUGCUUUUCAAUUUUUGCGAUUUAGGAUUUCUUAAAAUGUCGAAAAAAAAUUUUUUUAUAAAAUUUAUAUAUACUAUUUCUAAAAAAAAAAGCCCCUCGCUGAGUAAGAGGGUUGGUUGGUUAGGUACGCCAUUUUAAAGUAUAUAGCUCUUGCCCGAUGAUGGCACAUUGAGCGUCAUCAUUGGCAUUUAUUAUUUCUUCUUUUUGCAGAUAUGAUACUAUUAGUAGCACUUCUAAAUGCCAAAAUACAAACCAAAUUUUAUUUGCUUUACAUUAUGGGCUGAUUUUUAAAAAUCUUACUAUGAAUGUAAGCCCAGAUAACUGUACAAAUGCUACGAGCUGCUUAUCUACUGAAGUUCUUGAUUCAAGCACUUGCCAUUCAAAUUGCAAAUCAAAUAGCUGCAUUUAUUCAUGAAAUAAGUGUACAACGUAUACUUGUGCUGAUUCUAACUGCUUGGUUUGCAAUUCAAAAACCCUAUUCCUUGCAAUCGCCUUUUUAGCUUCUAAAUAUAUCUGAUCCUUUCUUCUAAAAGUCCAAUAAAGUUUGCUUUAUUAAAAACUGUUUUUAAUAAAUUUAUUUCUAAAAAAUUCUGUUAAAAAUAAUAACUAUUUUCCUUAAUGUUAUUAAUUAUAAUCAUUAUUUUUUGCAAAGCUCUAUAUAUAAAUUAUUUUUCUAAAUAUUUGCUUAUAUAUUUUUAGCAGAGUUAGGAGAUUGUUUCCAAUGCAACACAAAUACUUAUCAAUUUUAUGGUUAUUGCCUAUUUAAAUGCCCAAGCGGUCAUGAAGCUGUCAAUUUGCUAGGAAAUUACCCAGUUUGCUUAAUUCCUAAAGAUUAUUCAACAAAAGAUAGUCCAGCAGUUUAUUAUGUAACUUCAAAAGCAAGCACCGACAUUUAUGAAGGAAAUGGGACUUUUACCAACCCAUUUUCUUCCCUUUCUGUAGCAAUAGCUUCAAUAUAUAAUAAAUACGCAAUUCUUUAUUUAUUCAACGAUGGGGUUUAUUAUGCUACCUGUGUCAGCACAUCAAAUCCUAUAAGCACUGUUUUAUCUGACGCCUGCAAUCCUUUUAUCAGAAGCUUCAACUUUACAAACCUCGUUAUUACUACUUAUGAAAAUUCCAUUGUUACCAUAAAAAACAAGCCAGAUAACAAAUAUUUUUGAUGAAUUAUAACCAAUUCGACGACUCUUACAUUAAAAAAUGUAGUUUUCACUGCUAAAGACCUUCUUUCAGCUUGCCCUUCAUCGGUAAGCUCUUAUUGUUCUUAUUGUGCUAAUGUUACAUUAAAAUCUGAUGGGUAUUAUUACAAUGACCAAGGUGCUAAAGUCACCACUUUUAUGGCUACCACAAAUUGUAACUCAGUACACACAAAAAGCAUAUUUACUAUGUAUUAUAAUUCUAAGCUAGUCCUGAAAAAUGUAAAUUUUACUGAUAUUAGAAUUGAAUUAAAAUCAAUAAUUACAAACUAUGGAGGAAAUUUGACGUUAAACAAUGUAAAUUUUGAUAAUAUUAGGUGCUAUUGGACAGUAGUGACUACGACUCAGCCAGGGCAAACUCCUGCAGCUCAAGGAAAGUAUGCAGUGAUUUAUUUCUUGGAUUGUGGAGAUCCUAAUUAUAAUUGUGGAAGUUUUGAGUAUACAAAUGGAGUGGUAUCAAGGCUUAAUAAUGGCUAUGAGUAUGGGUCAGCUCAAUUUUCAGGAUUUUUAAGUGCAGAUAAAGUCAGGACUGUCAAGCUGAAAAAUGUGACUUUUGUUAACAAUAUUGUGUAUACUCCAUAUGUGGACUCUAAUACUUACUCCCUUAUAAAGCUCGCCCUAUUUCGGUCAAUUGAAAUUUCUAAUUGUGUUUUUGAUAAAAAUAUUGCGAAUUAUGGGCUUAUUUAUUUGUUUCCAACAACAUUGACGUUUAGAGAUGAUGUGAAUUCUAAUGGAGAGCUAAUUGAUUUAUUGCUAUAUCAUAUUUAUAUACAUGAUACUACUUUUAGAAAUAAUUUUGGAUUAAAUGCAGGGAUUUUGUCAAUCAGCUAUCUGGCUCAGCUACAGAGGAUUUUAUUAGAAAAUUUGGUUAUAGAUGGAAAUGGAGUUCAAUCAGGGCCUUUGAUAUUAAUCAAUAACAAUUAUUUCUCUUCUCAAUGAGCCACUGAUACAAAAAUAGCUAUCAAUGAUACAAAUGGAAAUUUGGUUGAAGCUACAUUUAAAAAACGAGAUUUUAUAUUUAAGGACUCUACAAUCACCAAUAACUAUUCAGGAGGAAAUGGUAUUUUCGAUAUUACUCAACUAUUCAAUAUUCGUAUACAGAAUCUGACUGUAGAGUCUAAUGGCAGUAUAGAUACUCAAAAUAUUAAUACAAUUAUAUGAAGCUACUUUGUAGCUGAUAGCAAUCUUUAUACCAAAAAGCUUAUUUCUAGCCCAGCUAAUAUAAAUUGUAAUGGAUUAUGAAUUGCUUCCUAUUGUUAUAACCACGAAGUAUCCAAAAGUACAUUUAAAAACAAUGUUUGCAAAAAUUCAUCCCCAUCAAUAAAUUACGAACAGAUUGUGAACGCUAAUUUCACCGAUAUCAUUUUUGAAAAAAACACAGGCAGUUCUUCCUAUGGAAUUUGUAUAGUCACUGAUUUAUCUAGCAAUAUAAAAGUCACUAAUUCGGUAUUCAGUAAUAAUACAAAUACCAAUGCUCAAGGAGUAGGAGCUUUAUGCUUUGUUUCUAGCUUGACUAAUAUUUCUAUAGAAAAUACAAUAAUAUCAAACAACUCUGCAAGUUAUAACCCUGGAAUUAAUUUUUCAGGAGGCUCAUUAAUGCUCAAUAAUGUAACUGUGGAGUCAAAUACAGCAAGAUCAGGGCUUGGUGCUGUUUAUUUUUCUGUCUCCACAGAAGUAGACACUCACGAAUUUGAUAUUAAAAAUUCUGUAUUUAAAGAAAAUAAAAGCCUCAGCACAAAAGGAGGAGCUAUAUUUAUAUCAGGCAACAUAUUGUCACAAGAUCCGAUUUCUUUAUAUGCGAAAAAUAAUUUAUUUGAGUCCAAUUGAGCACCAAGUGGAUCAGCAAUAUAUAUUGAUAAUAAUGUAGCUCUUUCAACUGAUUCUAUUUUAGAAUCAUGCACAUUUAUCUAUAACAAUGCUGAAACCAAAGGAACGAUUGCGAAUUUAUUUAAAUAUGGAAUCCUUGUCGUCUCUAACUCUUUAUUUGUCGAUAAUUACGCUGAGCUUGGCUCUGCUUUGUAUUUUACAAGUUCAGAGCAGUCAAGUCCCGAAGCAUCCAAAAUGAUCCUAUCUUCAUGCAAUUUUACCGAAAAUUCAGGGAAAAAUGUUUUAUGCACUGAUGAUAUGGCAAUUUAUUCUUAUAUUGAGACUGCAGAAUGCAUUUUUCAAAAAAAUGAAGGACUCGCGAUAUACCUUAUUCAUGAUUAUUGGAAAGAUACUGGAUCUAUCAUAGCAAACUCAACAAUAACGGCAGGGACUGUUUAUUUAACCUCAAAUGCAACAGCUGAUUGUGAGCUAACAACUUUUACAAACAACACUUCAACACAAUAUGCAGGAGCAAUUAGAGCUGAAGGCAAAUCAUAUUUUCACUGUAACCAAUGCACUUUCUACCAAAAUAGUGCUAAAUAUGGAGGAGUCCUUUAUUUUGACCAAUUGUCUUAUUUUUCUAUUGAAAAUUCAAAAUUUAACAAAAAUUUUUGUACUGAUAAAGGAGCAGUUAUAUAUGUAAUUGGGUCAUAUGAAAAUUGCGUUUUGAAAAAUUCAGAGUUAUAUUAUAAUCAUGCAGAAUCAGAAGGCUUGAUUUAUUCGCUUACAUCGAAUAUCAAAAUUGAUAAAUGCCAAAUAUAUAGUAACACUGCUGAUAGAAUUACUCCAGGUAUUUAUUUGACACUCUCUAAUGCUACCAUAACAAAUUCUCAAUUCCAUGACCAAGAAGGCAGUUUUGGAAGUUUCGUUUAUUUGGCUUCUGAUAGUGGACUAGUUGUUGAGAAUUCAAGUUUUGCCAAUGGGAAAUCCUCUUCCUCAGGUGGAUCAAUUUAUGCUCUUUCUAGCUCUUUAUCAUUAAAAAAUAGUUUAUUUGAAAACUCAAUUUCUAGCGCUGGCAGCGCUAUAUUGGCUUUUUCAACAUCUCUAAAUAUUUCUCAAUGCCAAUUUUUAAACACUUAUAGUUCAGGUUCUGGAGGAGUGAUAAAUAUUUUUGGGAAUAAUAUUUUUAUUGAAAAAUCAUCCUUUGAAAAUUUUACUUAUACAGCUAUAGAUGGCACAGAAGUGGAGACUUUGAAGAUUAUAGAAUCAAGCUUUAAAAAUAGCUUCCUCCCCCUCCGUAAGUGAAGAAAAAAAUUUUGUUCACUUACGGAGGGGGUUAACUUUUUUUUUCGAAAUAUAUAAAAAUCUCACUUCUAUAAAAAUUGGAAAGUAAAUAUUAAUUUAAUUUGUAAAAUUUAUGUUUUAAAAUUAUACAGAAUUAGCUCAUGAUUUCAUUAUAAUAAUUAUCACUUAUAUAUCAAAAAUUUUUUUUGAAAAAAAAUUUUUGUUCACUCACGGAGGUGGGUUUUCGGGCAAAAAAUAGAGAUUUUUCUAAUGGUUUUGUUCACUCACAGAGCGGGGGGAGGAAUUAGGAAAAGUAGGAGGAUCAAUUAGUUGUACAAAUACUGGCUAUGUUUAUAUUGAUUCCUGCACUUUCGAGAAUAACACAUCACUGCAUGGUGGAGCUUUAUAUUUUAUUUUUACAUCUAAUACAAUCAACGCACAAUCUUAUGAAGUUAUCUCUACAGAUUUUUUUAAUAAUACAUCAUCGGCUGGAGGAGCUAUUUUUGUGGAUAACAUAAAUAUCGAUAUUAAAUCAUCCAGAUUUUACGAUAAUACAGCAUUAAAUACUUUUGAAACAUAUGAAAAUACCCACGAUUCAGGAAUAGGAGGAGCGAUAAAAUUAGGAUGUAGCUAUUCAGGACAAUGCGAUUUUAAAGUUUUUUCAAAUGAUUUUGUUAGGAAUACUGCAGAAUAUGAAGGAGGAGCUAUCGAUUGACGAGAAGUUAUGCCUAAAUUUGAAAAUAACUCAUGUGAAAAUAAUAAAGCAGAAUACGGUGACAAUAUAGCUUCUUAUCCUGUUAGUAUAAAAAUAAUGAAUGCUGAUUGGAAUGGCGAGCUAAAAGAUUUAGCGUCUGGGCAGCCUACUACAACUCUAUUAAUUGUUAGUCUUAUUGACCAUCUUGGCUCAGUUGUUACUACUGAUAAUUCUAGCGUAGCUGAAAUAAUAUCUACAUCAAAAGAUGUAGUUUUAUCAGGAGAACUUAAAGUAGCUGCUGUCAACGGAAUUUUUACUUUUUCUUCAUUUAUAAUUUCUGCGCAGCCUGGAAGCAAUUUUUCUAUAGAAAUUCAAACAAAUGGUGUUGAUAUCUCAAAAAGUGUCAAAGCAAAUGACGGACUGAAUUAUAACUCAAGCUUGUUUACAAAGGUAACUUUGAGAGAAUGUGUUUUAGGAGAGGCUACUGUUGGCGUUAAUUGCAUUAUUUGCCCAAAAGAAUUUUAUAGUUUAGAUCCAAAAAACGAGCAAUGUUUAGCAUGUCCUGAUGAAGCAAUUUGUUAUGGGAAUUAUACAAUGGUUCCUAAGCCAGGGUAUUGAAGGUCUGAUAUGCUAAUCUCUCGUUCCUAUAUAUUUUAAAUCUAGAAAAAUAUUUAAUAUAUUUUUCUAUAAAUUUAUUUUUAAUGUUUAAAAUAAAAAUAACUAGAUUAUUUUCGAAUUUAAAGAGACAGUCUAAUGGUUUCAGGAUAGAAUUAUUUUUUGGAUUGAAAAUUUAAAUAAUAAAAUGUUUUUAUAAAUAGAAAAUUUAAUAAAAUUUUUGAAAUAGAGACGAUUAAGCACAAAAUUUUGGUCUUGUCCUAACUCAAAAGCUUGCAUUGGCUCAGAUCCCCAAAAUAUUUCUUAUACCGGAAACUGCAAGAAAGGUUAUUAUGGAAAUUUAUGCCAUAGUUGUGAAGAAGGUUAUUCAAAAGCAAUGGAAAACGAAUGUGCGAAAUGUCAAAGUCUUACCAUUAUUAUCAUAAAAGCAUCUGGAAUUGGCCUUGGAUUUCUCUUACUCUGCUGACUAAUGGUUAGGAUGUCAAAAAAUUCUGCUUAUAAGCCAAAGUCGCUUUCAAGUGUCUAUAUAAAAAUAUUCAUCAACUACGUGCAGCUUAUAACCUUAACCACAACUUUUAGCCUCUCCUGACCUAGCUACGUGAAACAUUUAUUUUCUAUACAAAAUAACGCAAGCUUUAUAAGUGAUCAAAUCUUUUCUUUUGACUGCCUUUUAUAUUACAAUGAAGACUUAAAGGGAAAAAGCACUCCGAUUUUUUAUCAAAAAUUAUUCGUUAUGGCUGUUUUACCAAUUUUUAUUCCAUUUAUUGCAGGUAUUUGUUGAUCUUUAAUAUCAAUAUGCAAAAAAAAGUGUGCUUUGCUGAUGAAUCAUAUUGUGACCACUUCAAUUAUAGUCGCAUUUUUAGUACACCCAAGCUUAAUAAAGUAUUAUUUUAGCUCUUUUGACUGUACUGAGCUUGAUUAUGGAAAAGAUUGGCUUGUUGAUGAUUUGAAUUUAAGGUGCUGAGACAGCCAGCAUGUGUUUUAUAUAACUGCUAUUGCUUUUCCAGCUAUUCUUUUGUGAGGAAUUGGGAUCCCAACAACUUGUUUAUUUUUAAUUAUGAAAAAUAAGGAAAAACUUACGAAUAUAGAUAUCAGGAUUAAGUAUGGAUUUCUCUUUAAUGGGUAUAAAUUUAGUAGCUAUUAUUGAGAAUUUGUAAUUAUUUACAGAAAAAUUGCUAUUAUUUGCUGCUCUGUGUUUUUAUCAACAGUAUCAGUCAAUAUCCAAGCUUUAACCACCCUUUUCAUUUUAAUAGCCUGUCUAUACUUCCAAUGUAAAAUAAAGCCUUAUAAUGGAGACGACCUAAACAGGCUUGAAGCUAUUUCUAUUUCAGCUUCAGCAGUAACAAUUUACUGUGGAAUGUACUAUUUAACUGGAUCUCUCGAUUGGUUUACUGAACUCAUAUUUUUCAUUGUUAUUAUUCUAGCAAAUUCAUAUUUUGUAAUUUACUGGGGAAUAAAAGCUGGAAAUGCCUAUAUUACAAUCAUAGUUGAAAAAAUCCCAUUUUUGAAAAAAAAAUUUAAAAAUCAUAGUUAUAAUAUUGUGGGGGGCAUUUCUUUGAGAGUUAAUAAAACCGGCAAAAUUGGAGAAUCUGCACAUCAAUUAAUUCUAACUUCUCUAUAAGAAUAAGCAAUUUACAUUGCAAAAUUUCGCUUUGACAUGAAUGAUUUAUAUUUAAGUUUUUAAAAACCUAAAGAGAGAAAUUAAUGAUUUUAUUUAAAAAAAAAUUAUUUAUUCGUGCAAAAAUAAUUUUUUUAAGUGGUUAAGCUCUUCUAGAAAGGAAAUAUUAAACCCUGAAAAGAUAUCUUUUAAUGAAAUUAGCAUGAUGCAGCUAUUUGUAGGAAGUUUAAAAAGAAAUAUGAGUAUUAAAAAUGAAAAAAUUGAAGAGAUAAGCAGUAUUGAAAAAAGCGGAAUUGACAAGAAAAACACUGAAGAAGAUGACAUAAGGGAAAUAAAUAUUGAAGAAAAUUGCUUUGAAGUAAAAUUCGUAGAAGGAAGCAAUGCAGAAGAAAGCAUUUAUGAAGAUGGAAGUGUAAAGGAAGAUAAAAUUCAGGGAGAAGAAUUGAAAAUUGAUGAGGAUUAA